AUGGAGAGGCAGAUACAAGCGAGCUCAAUGCAAUGGUACACAGACGGCUCCAAAACUCCCGAAGGUAUUGGGGCAGGCGUUCACGGGCCAAGGCUAAAGCUUUCGGUACCCAUGGGCGUAUACCCAAGCAUCUUUCAAGCGGAAGUCUAUGCCAUAAGUCUGUGUGCAGAGAUUAACCUGCGUAGGAACUAUCGUAAUGAAAGUAUUUUGAUCAUGAGCGACAGCCAGGCAGCACUCAAGGCCCUAUUAUCAUUUGAGGUCAAGUCCUCUCUGGUUCUGGAGUGUAUUGAUAAGCUCAACGCCCUGGCGGAGUACAACGACAUCCAAUUAACUUGGGUGCCAGGUCACGUAGGAGUUGUCGGCAAUGAGGAAGCGGACCGACUAGCUAGGAUGGCAGCCGCCUCGUUGCCUAUAGGGCCUGAGCCCUUCAUAGCGAUUGGACCUAGUACAAUCAAGGAAGAGCUCAGAAAGGAGAGGAACACAGUAAGGAAUCAGCACUAG